AAUUUAAUCUAUUGAUUUAAUUUUUUAGAUCAAAUAUAGAUAUGUUCAAAGUGAUUCGCUCGACAAGACUUACACGUUAUUUGUGUACUUUUGGUCAUGGCUCUACCCCAAAAUGUCCUACAGCCUACAUGACGCCAUUGCCAAAAGAAACACCGACACUCUUAAGAUGUCAAAACAAGAAACAUGCGCCCUUUCAUACGUCAUCCCGACAACAUGCUGCUCCGUUCUUAGCGCCGAUCCUGCUUAAGCUAACAACACCAUUAUCGAGGCUCGUUUUCUUGUUGCUUGGUAGACGCUUUCGAAAAUGGUGGCAGGGGUUACCUGCGCUAACUAAAGAAAAGUAUAUGUUGGGAUUAACUAAAAAUCGAAACCGCUUGUUGGUGUUUUUAACUUUAUUUGGUGGAACAUCCGCUGCUUAUUAUGUCUUCCAUCUUGAGGAAACACCGGUAACCGGUAGGCGGAGAUUUAUGAUUUUAAGUAAAAAACAGUUAGAAGAAGUAGCGAAUGUUCAAUGGAGAAAUUUAGAUUCGAAUUUAUCUUCACUUCGUCUGCCGGUGAAUCAUCUACAACAUAUGAAAGUUGUACGGAUUGCGAAGCGUAUUUUAGAAGCUAAUGCUUCAAAGGAGGUAAACAAUUUAAAUUGGGAAAUCAACGUGAUCAACAGUAAAGAUGUGAAUGCGUUCGUCUUAGCGAACGGAAAAAUGUACGUCUAUACGGGAAUGCUAGACGCUGUUACCAAUGACAACGAGUUGGCUGGUAUACUAGGGCACGAAAUGGCUCACGCUGUAUUAAACCAUUCGGCGGAACAUUUAAGUCGAGCUGGUUUUGUGAAUGUGUAUUCAAUAGGAUUGUUGACUCUUCUUUGGGCUGUUGUACCCACAGAUGGUUUAGCCGUAGUCGCUUCAUGGUUGCAAAGUGUUGUAGAAGAUCUGCUUAUUUCAUUACCCUACUCUAGAAAACUCGAAAGAGAGGCUGAUGAAGUUGGAUUGUUAAUGGCAGCCCGAGCGUGUUUUGAUGUCAGACACGUGCCGAAAUUUUGGGAACGAAUGCGAUUGGUUGAAAAAGAUACAAUUGAACAGCAAAACGAUUGGUUGUCUACGCACCCUUCACACAAAAAUAGAAUUGUUUGGUUGCAAGAUUUAUUACCGCAUGCUUUAGCGUUAAGAAGUGACUUUAAAUGUCCUGAAUUAACGCAUUUUUGGGAUUCAGCUCAAAGUUUGAGAAAAUAGAUAAUUUGUACACAAAUAAUUUAAAAAAUAAUAAUAUAGGAAAUUUUAAUA